AUGCCGCGGGGCGAUCGGAUAUGGAAGCUGCAGCGAAGACGACGCCCCUCCAACUCGCCGCAUUGCGUAGCGGCGGUAGUCCCAAGAUCUGCUCUGCGCAAGGCGCCCUUCAGGCUCUCAGGAAACUUGGUGCCGUCAACGAUUCACAGCUUCCGCCUUUCUUUGGCGGCAUCGCCCAAGCUCAAGGUUCGGGUGGGCGGGCGAGCACUGCUGCUGCCUUCAAGAUCUCUGAAGGAAUGCAAUCCUUCAUCAGUCUUUAAGUGCUGCAGAGAUGUUGGUAUUGACUACAGAGUCGCAAGUGAUAUACAUGAAUUGAAUCAGAAACUUGACAGGAUUAUUGAAGAGGGUGAGAGGCUGCAUGUAGAGCCAGUGAUGGAGGAUCAAAUAAAAUUAGAUCAAAUAAGAUCAGAUCUUGACUUUGCUCCAGAUCUAGAGCCUGAUAUUGUGGGCAGAGAGGUGGAAAAUGACUGUGACAGUCUCAUUGAACUACUAAUAAAGAGAGAUGAUAUUCCUAGUCAUCCUACUCGUCCUUCGUUUGCUAUUAUAGGAACAAUUGGAGUUGGCAAAACUACUCUUGCUAGAAAGGUAUACCGCAAGACUGAAACGUUCUUUGAGCCUAGGGUAUGGGUUCAUGUCUCCAAAGACUUGCGGCAUAUGACAAUGUGGUCAGGUGAGAGAUUCAGUAAAGGAGAGACUGCAGGACAACAGGCACUGCUGCGCACAUGGUUACAAGGUAACAAGUUCCUGCUGGUCAUUGAUGAUGUCUGGGGAGAGAAUGUUUGGGAUGGGCUGCUAGAGAUACAAGCACAGCAUGGCAGCCCUGGCAGCAGAGUCCUUAUAACAACCCGGAAUGAGCGUGUUGCGAGGAGGAUGGGAGCAGUUCAUCUUCACCAUGUGAAGGGUCUGAAUGAGGAUGAUGGUUGGUGGCUACUCAGUACAAGGGCCUUCCUUGAUGAGAACACUGGAAACAUGCAAGAUAUUGAGGGGUCUGUGAUUGAUCGGCAGUGUAUCACUCAGCAGUGGAUUGCGGAGGGGUUUAUUGUGACCCAGCAGAACACAGCUGUUGAAGAGGAAGCUAAAAGAUGCUAUGAGGAAUUGUUAGGUAGGGGCCUUCUUUUGCCAGAAAAUCAAACUUAUGGUGCAGAAAGAUCGAAGAUGCCUCAUCUCUUCAGAUCAUUUGCACUUCUCCAGUCACAAGAUGAAUACUUUAUUGGCAAUCCUCAAGACAUAGGUGAUGCUUUGAGACCAUGCCGCUUAACUAUUACAACUGGAGGUGCAGAAGCGAUCAGAAACGGUAUUAGAAAGUUAAAGAGCUUGAGGACAAUAAUCCUGUGUGGGAGUCCACUAAAUGACAGGAUCCUGGGUGAUAUUUUUCAGAAGUUCACACAUCUAAGAGUUCUAGAUCUAGGAGAUACACAGAUUGAGUGUGUCGCUAGGAGUUUGGGAUCCAUGAUGCACCUUAGAUAUCUUAGCUUUGCAAACACCCAAGGUUUUCUUGUAAGCCCAAGAGGUUCAGAAAAUAGAAAUGGUUGGCCAUUUCAAGAGCUGAGGUCCUUAUAUAAGCUGACAAGCCUCAAAAUUCUUAGGCUAGAGAGAAUAUUAACUGUGGAAGAUGCAGCACAAUCAGCACUGGAGGAAAGACAACAUCUCAAAGAGCUAGAGCUAUGCAGCAGCACUGACGAUGGAACAACAGAAAUUAGUAGAGCAGCACAAAUUAAAGAUGUGUUUGAAGCACUCAAGCCAGGACCUUCUAUUGUCUCUCUCAAGCUAGAAAACUAUUAUGGCCAUGGAUUCCCAUCUUGGUUAGACCCGUUCCAUCUCCGAGAACUCUCACGGUUGACCCUUCAUGGCUGUUUGCAUUGCCAAUAUCUCCCAUCUCUGGGUCAGAUGAAAAAUUUAAAAUUCCUAGCAAUAAAUGGUUCCAAUUUGUCAACUCGUAUUGGCCAUGAAAUUCGUGGAACACCAGAUGAUGGGGUGGCAUUUCCAAAGCUGGAGCAGCUGGUUAUCAGCAAGAUGAGCAACUUGAAGUCAUGGAAGGGCCUCGAAAAAAGAGAUAUGCCUUCGCUCAUGAAUUUCAGGAUCUGUGGAUGCCCCAAGCUGGAUUCACUUCCUUCCUGGCUCAAGCAUUGUAUGGCAUUGAGAAGCUUGCAUAUAGAUCGUGCUGAUAACCUGGAAGCAAUUGAGAACAUACCUGCACUUAAAGAACUUGAAGUUUGUGAGAACAACAAGCUGAAGGUGAUCUCGAACCUUGGAAAACUUGAAAAUUUGAAAGUAGUGGCUUGCUUGCUUUUGGAUGUUGUGCAGGAUGUCCCCUUAUUGCGCACCGUGCAUUCAAAUGAAAAGAAUUCAAUCAAACUUCCACAGUGGCUACAGCCAGAAAAACCUUUCAUGCUCAGGAGAUUGGAGAUCGUUGGAACUGAGGAGCUACUUGAUAGCUGCUCCUCUGCAACUGCCCCAUACUGGCCUGUCAUCCAAAACGCUGAUCAUGUAUAUGCGAAUCUGCCAGAUGGUUCCUUCUACUUCUCUUAUGCCAAAAGCAGUAGCUACUUCCAUAAAAGCGCAAGGAACCUUGCGCGGUCCUCUUUACAGAGCUCAGCUAGCUUCAGUGUGCCAAUUCUUCCACAAGCUGAACUUGUUUCGACUGAUGAAAUCAGAAACAUCAAUGAGCCAACUGGUCAAUCCUCAAGUCGGUCAUGGAUGAGGAUGCUUUUCACGGUUCUCCUCUUUGUUGCUGCCCAUAUAUUUUCAUUGUCAAGCGAAUAUUGA